GCCAUUGCUUGUGGUGGACAGUUAGUUGUCGCUUGUUUACCAUUAAAAACAAGAGAAGAGAAGAAAACUUGGACCAAACAUUUUCUCCGUCUGCAUAUACUGCACUACGAUGCUGCCUGACACCUUGUGCGUUGGUUCCUUGUUUGGAAGCACAGAGGAACAACAAGUGUGGAUGUUUGUUGCAGACUGUGGCACCUGUUACCACAUUAAUAUGGCUGUGAUCAUAGGGAUUGUCAUAUGUGACAUUUUACUGACCAUCUUCAUAAUUAUAUCAGUAAUUUGUUUUGUGAGAUCACACAGGCAACAGGAUUUUCAUGAUGAAAGAACAGCACAAUCUUCUGAAUCAAAAGACGUCACAGAAUCGCCCUAUCAGGAAUUACAAGGCACCCAGUCUGAUGUGUACAGUGAACUUAACCACUUUAGGUAGUAGAGUCAAGAUAAAUACUAUAAUGCACACAUACUGUAUACUAACUAUACUGUAUGUAACUAGUAUAUUAUGUGAAUUUUUUUUUUUUUUUUGGUAAUUUUUGUCUUGACAAUGGAGAUAACCUUAAUUUCAGUCAACAGUGGUUUCCAAGAAUAUGUACAAAUGUAUACCAAGCUAUGUACUUUAUAGGCAGUAAAUCAUAAUGUUGUGCUUAAAUAAUAUAUUUAAUAGCACAUGACUGGAGUGUAUGGUGAAGAAGCUAUUUAAGGAAAUGCAUUAAUCAUAUGUUUAUUGUUAAUUUACACUAAUAAACAUUAAAUUACAACCACUUUCAA